UAUUCGUAUACAGUGGCGGACGUAGCGAAGUGUCGCAGAGAAACAGCAUCAGCAGUGCUCGCAACCAAGGGUGCACUGGCAGGCUCUCGGUAAUCGCGCAAGGACGUCCAAUCCAACGCAUCCAAUCCAACUUAACAAUGUGCACAGCUAGCACCUAGCACAACGCUGCCGUCCCGACUCUCGAGGAACCAUCCUAGGCUUCUGGUUUCAGUAUAGUGGAAACGCAAACUAUACACCGUAUCCACCGCCGCGCACUGUGUUCAUCAGUCGUCAUCAGCCGUUGUGGUGCACCGAAUGCAGAAGGUCAAUUGGAUUGGUUGAAUUGUUCGAAAGUCGUAGCGUUUCGUUUCCUACACUUUCAAGCGCCCAUAUCAUUGUCUGUCCGACGGUUCUUGCAAAAGGGAAGAUACGCGCACCGUUUUGUUAACAAAUUCAACACUGCACCAAUCAAACGAUCGUUCAGCUGUGCUUCAUCCACUGUCUGCUAUCAACGGAAAACGAGCGUGAAAAUGGCAUCAAGCUGCUGCGGAACGAAGAAGCAAAAGCUGAACGGUACGUACGCCGCCACCAACGGCUACAGCAGCACGUCAUCGUCGUCUUCUUCGUCCGGUCGCGGAAGCAACGGUGACGACGGUGGCACCAAUAAUCACCAUUGCAAUGGGCGCGUCGGGGGAAACCAGUACGUCGGGACCCAGCCCUCGAACGACCACUCCGUAACGUCCGCCGGCGGAUACGUGCCGAAUGGACACGGUGGCCUGCUGAACGAACAGAAGUCGAUGGUGAACUCGAUGCCGGAUAUGUGCUUCUACUGCUUCGAGGUUCUCUACCGAGAGCUGCACAACAUGGAGGAGCCGCGCACGCCAUGCUUCACCAAUGAUCCUUACCCACUGUUUGUGACCUGGAAGAUUGGCAGAGAGAAGCGCCUGCGUGGUUGCAUCGGUACAUUCAGUGCGAUGCGUUUACAUUCAGGACUUCGAGAGUAUGCAAUAACAAGUGCUUUAAGAGAUUCCCGUUUCUCGCCAAUCACCCGUGAUGAGAUCCAAAGACUGACCGUCUCGGUGUCGAUCCUCCAGGGCUUCGAGGAGGCCCGUGGCUACCUGGAUUGGACGCUCGGCAUUCACGGCAUCCGCAUCGAGUUCUACAACGAGCGCGGCUCCAAACGCACCGCUACCUACCUGCCACAGGUGGCCUCAGAGCAAGGCUGGGACCAAACACAAACGAUCGACUCGUUGCUGCGCAAGGGCGGCUACCGGGCGCAGAUCACUCCAGAGACGCGCCGCUCGAUCAAGCUCACCCGCUACACCUCCCAGGAAUGGCACAUGUCGUACAACGAAUACCGUGAGCUACUGGACAAGCAAUCUCACAACCACAGCAAUAUGCUAGAUUCCCAGGAACAAAUUCAAGUUUUGCGGGAUAUUCGGCCAAGAAUGAAGAGGAAAAAUGUUGUGGCCGGCCAUAACGAGUCAAAUCUAAUCGAAAUACAACCCGCAGACGAUACACAAACAGCAACCCCGAAGAAAUGUAAGGUUAGGCGUGUGUAGUAAUUAGAAACCGAAUCGACAGGUGAUUAUAAAAACAGUUUAAAUGUUACAUAUGCUACCAAUACACAACAAGAAUGCUAACUGCUGCGACUUCACAGUGUGUAAUUACUGAGCUACUUAAUAAUAAGAGAUCGUUUGCAUGUUUGUGACCAGCGUAACUUAGUUUAGCGAAGGCGAUUGAUUGGUUUACUCAUUGUUUGCGUUUCCAUUGGCGAAAAACGAAGAAAAAAAAUGGAAAUAAAUAAGAAAACAAUACAGCACUUCCCGAACGCUAUCUCUGCCGGUGAGCUCAAAAUCAAUUCAACACGUGAACAAGCAGUAAAUGUUUUGAAGACAAAAAACAAAGAAGAAAUUAUACAAUUUCCAAACAAUCUUAAUUAAUAUCAAAGUGAAGCAGCAAAGUGUGAGCGAAAUGUUAAACUAUUAGAAAUGUUUCAUUUUUAUUUUUUUUUACUAGAAUUUGAUACCUUUCAAAGCAGGUGAUAAUAUAAUUGCACUUCACUGCCACAUUAAUUUAAACAAAAUAGGGGGGAAUAUAUAAAAUUGACGAAAAAUCCAAAUAUAUGAAAAUGUAUAUGUAUGCAAAUGCAUUGGAGCGAUAUGUGGCGGCGCACAUAGUUGACGAUCAAAAAGCAUGUAUGCAGAGAUGGUUGUACAUACAUAUAUUUAUAUAUCUGUUCAAAUGCCAAUUCGGUUUUAUUCCAUAGAGUGAAGAAUGUGUUGUUUUGAAGAAAAAAAAAAAAGGAAAUAAAUCUAUAAUAAAGGAGUUUUUC